AUGUUUUCUCUACAUGAAUACAAUGACAAUUCCGUUUAUGAUGCAGAAACUCAAAUUCUCGAGCAAUUAAAAACCUUGCAGAGAGACGUCCAGACAAUGAACAAUCGACUGAGCACAAGAGAAGAAAUUUUGAAAACAAAAGAAAAGGAGAAUAAAGAACUUAAAGAGGCUAUCAAAAAGCUAGAGCAAAAUAUCAACCAACUAGCAGGCACUGCUGCAACUGAUUUUUCUGAUCAAGAAGAAGAAAAUAUAGUAUGCUCUUGCACAAAUAAAUGCGAAAUUCUUUAG